AUGUCCAGCGUCAUAUAUUACGGAAACUCAACUGGCAACUGCACUAAUGUGGACUACCUGCUGAAGCGCUAUUACUUGCCUGUUAUGUAUGGUGCCAUCUGUGUGGUGGGUGUGGUGGGCAAUCUGACCUCUCUGCUGGUGUAUGUGGUACAAGUAAGGCCAUGGAGGAGUUGCAGCAUCAUCAUGGUCAACUUAGCGAUCACUGACCUCUUUUAUAUGCUCAGCAUGCCUUUCCUGGUGUACUACUACACCAGAGGUGACUCCUGGAUGUUGGGUGACUUCGGCUGCCGUUUCAUGCGUUUUGGAUUUCAUUUCAACCUUUACGGCAGCAUCCUCUUCCUUACCUGCCUGGCCAUCUUUCGCUACGUUGCUGUGGUUUACCCGUUAAAGGCUACUCAGCUGCAGCGCAAGCGCUGGGGCAUAACAGCUUGUGUGGUGGUGUGGAUUCUGGCAGGGGCCCAGAUGGCACCAAUGCUCCAAAUGAUCUCCACUGUACAGAACAGAAACAAGACCUACUGCCUGGACCUGGCGAGUAACGACCCAGCUGAGGUGUGGUGGUACGGCUGGAUGCUGACGGCUCUCGGCUACCUGCUCCCCCUGGUGGUGGUGUGUGUUUGUUAUCUGAGCAUUGCCCGUGAGCUGUCAAGGCCUGCGCCACUCACAGGAAACUGGGCACGGGCAAAAGCGAGAGCACGGCGAUUGAUUGUCUUGGUGUUGACUUGCUUCAUUGUCUGCUUCCUUCCCUACCACAUUUUAAGAGCACUCAGGAUUUACACAAGACGGACACCUGAGGUCUCUUGCCUGUUAGAUCGCUGGGUUCAUGCAGUUUACAUCAUCUCCAGACCCCUGGCUGUGCUUAAUACAGUGUUCAAUCUGGCACUUUACACAUUAGCUGGGGACCAGUUCAAAAAGGCUUUUCUUAGUCUUUUCAAGUGUGACCAGGCGCUAGUCAAGCUCAGAGGACUGGUCACUGUGGAGCUAAUCAGCAAACCAAACACUCAAACCACAUCAGGGAGGUAA